AUGAAAUGCUUAGCAUGUUCGAAUUCUAUUGAGAAGGGAGAAUUAUUGGGUUGUGUUACGUGUAAAAGGAACUUAUCAUUACAGAUGUUUGAAUAUUACAACGGCGAAAUUUAUGGCCAAUUUCCAACAAAUCAACGAACAUGGAAGUGCCCUACUUGUACAAAUGUUACUAAAAGACGUCACAGAAAUAAUGACACAUUAAUAAAAAUAAAUCGUGAAGAAUCGUCCCCCUCCGAUUUAUUUGACAUGUCCUGUGAUAAUAUUUCGCAGACAGAGGAUAGUAACGAACAAUUGUCCCCGAAUAUGAAGCAUCCUGGAGUGCCUAAAGUGAAUACUUUUUCAUUUCCCCUAGAAGAAGUUGGUAAAUUGCUGGAUCAAAAAUUAGACUCGAAACUAAUCGCACAUGUUUGUCUAGCCACAGAAAUCAAGCAAGAAUUUCGUGACGUUUUAAAGAAUUUAGAAAGUGAUUUCAAGCAAAUAACUGAAUCUUUAACACAAAAAGUAUGUAACUCAAAGAACUCACGAGAAUGA